GCGUGCCGCUUAUCAUAACCUCCGAGUCACAACCUGAAGUAACUUCAUUACAAGUUACGGAGUUCUCUGCGCUUUUCAGCUGUUGCUGUACAAAGCAAUUUGAUCCUGAGAAAAAAAGUUAUGACAGACAGCAUCAAGCUUCUGAUCUGUGGAAGUGGCAAUGGAGCCCAUGCCUUCGCAGGCAUCGCCUCUUCGCAUACGGCAACUGAAGUUAGAGUGCUCAGUUUGUAUCAAGACGAAGCUGAACGAUGGAGCAAAAUCAUGCAGACCGCUGAGCUGGAGAUCACCUGCCAUCGCCGCGACCAAGAACCGAGCGUCAUUAGGUCCAAGCCGGCUUUGAUUACUAAAAACCCAGAGGAAGCUGUGCGUGGUGUUGACAUUGUAGCUUUUGUGCUGCCAGCAUUUGCUCAUCAGGUGUUUCUGGAGGCGCUUAAGCCGUAUAUCGAGCCUGGUGUGAUAAUUGUUGGUCUUCCCGGGGCCUCAGGACUAGAAUUCCAGGUUCGAGGAAUCUUGGGAGAAAAAGCGAAUACGUGCACAGUGAUGAAUUUUGAGUCGCUGCCUUGGGCGUGUCGCUUGGGUGAAUUUGGCAAGAAAUGUGAUGUUCUUGGGACCAAGGAUUCAAUGGUAGGAGCUAUGCAGGUCGGAAGAAAUGCAACACCAAAGAAAGACCCUCUUACUACCCUACAGAAUCUGAUCGGUGACCACCCUCGUUUGAAGGUCUCCGGGCACCUUAUUGGCAUGACUCUUAUGACCCCUAACGCGUAUGCACAUCCGUCAAUCAUGUUUGCUCAAUGGGAAGGGUGGGACGGGAAACCUCUGGACGAAGCGCCCCUGUUUUACACGGGGCUGAGUGAAUUAGCAGCAGAAGUCUUGUCGAGUGCCUCCGACGAAGUUUUAAAAGUUAGCAAGGCUGUUAGUGAAAAAUCUGGUGUGGACACAUCACAGGUAACGAGCAUCUAUGAUCUUCUUGUCAAGUUUUAUUCUCACGAAAUGUCCGAUACUUCGAGCCUCCGAUCUUGUUUUUGCACAAACGCCGCUUACCAGGGUCUGAAGCAUCCGAUGAAAGAACACAACAAACAUUCCUUCGUACCAGACUUCUCUCAUCGUUAUCUGACAGAGGAUGUGCCGUAUGGACUGGCGGUUAUCCGGGGUAUCGCAGAAAUCGUACAAGUGGACACGCCUACCAUAGACAAAAUUCUUCUAUGGGCUCAAGAGAAAAUGGGAAAAGAGUACCUUGUGGUGUCUAAAGUUCAAGGUAAAGAUGUUCUUUCUACGCGAGCACCUCAAAGUUAUGGACUGACCUCGUUGGACGCUAUUUUGGGACGAGCCUAGUUUGUAGCUCUUUAAAGGCGUAUUAGGUUCAAUGAGCCUGGUUCAAUAAAUUAUAAACUCGUUAACAAAGACGGACAAUUGUUGGCGAUGAUCUUUAUGUUCCGCGAAGCUUUCGCAAAGGAAAGUAUUGUCUGACAGAGGCUACUGUGAAUUUAAUUCAGAACGAUUUAUUUUAUCGUGGAUAAGGUUUUGAGUCGUAGCAAUAGAGUGUCGUAAAACCAAAACCAAAGUAGUCACAACAACGGCCAAUCAUAUCAAUUGAACAUAUGACAAGGAGGCAAUAGGAACUAAAAAGUAAAUAACAUAGGCUUGCUGAGCAUGCAAGAGUGCAUUUCUUGGGAUUAGUGGCAUGGGGUGGGAUACUUUGUGCAGCCAUUGUAUUAAUUUUAGUUCCAAAAAAGCAUUAAUUUUCAAAGAUUCCAACCAAAAUGUCACAUUACUUUACUUAUUUGGAGAGCAAAAUACCUUCCAAAUUUAUUUGAAAUAACCUCUAACACAGGUUUGCAGUGUACUGUCUCUGUUGUUGGAACAGUAACUAGAAAAGUGAAUUGUAUCAGUGUCACGCUUACCGCCCUUUCAUCAAUGAAUCCAAAUUAUUCUGUCAUUUGCCUCAGUCCGAAAUAUUUUACCUCAUAAUUUGACAGUGGAAAGCAAACCCGAACUAUUUUAUCCCCAAUAGAUCCUAACAGGAGA